AGGCCAACAAUAGUGGCGCUGUCAAACUGUGAAAGAUGCCAGCGACCGGGUCGAAAUUACUGCUGCCAACAAUUUGCAAAUUUCUGGCCAUUUUCUGCAUAAUUAUUACACAGAACAAUGUGGCUGGCAACGUGAAUCCCACCGCCAUCGGCGUGCACAGACGGUUUGAGUAUAAGUACUCGUUUAAGCCACCUUAUCUGGCUCAGAAAGAUGGGACCGUACCGUUUUGGGAAUACGGUGGAAAUGCCAUCGCCAGUGCGGAAAGUGUACGCGUGGCGCCCUCACUGCGCUCACAGAAGGGUGCCAUCUGGACGAAAUCACAGACAAACUUCGACUGGUGGGAUGUGGAGAUUGUGUUCCGUGUAACGGGACGUGGACGCAUUGGUGCCGAUGGUCUAGCCUUCUGGUAUACGACAGAGAAGGGUGACUAUAAUGGUGCUGUGUUUGGCUCCUCGGACCGUUGGAACGGUCUGGCCAUCAUCUUUGAUUCGUUCGACAACGACAACAAGCACAACAAUCCUUACAUCAGUGCCGUCGUAAACGAUGGCACCAAGCAGUACGAUCAUACGAAUGAUGGCGCAACGCAGUUGCUUAGUGGAUGCCUGAGAGAUUUCCGUAACAAGCCCUUCCCCACUCGUGCCCGCAUCGAGUACUAUAACAAUGUGCUCACCGUGCUCAUUCACAAUGGCAUGACGAACAAUAAUGAUGACUACGAGUUGUGUCUGCGCGCCGAUGGAGUGCAGCUGCCCAAAAAUGGUUACUUUGGCGUUUCGGCGGCAACUGGUGGCCUGGCCGAUGAUCACGAUGUGUUCCACUUUUUGACCACGUCGCUGCAUGCUGCGGGCCAGGUACAAGAGCCACCAAAGGUCGACAAUCAGGAGAAGCUGACGCAGGAAUAUCAGGAAUACCAGGAUAAGCUGGAGAAACAAAAGCAGGAAUAUAAAAAGGAACAUCCAGACGAAGCGCACAAAGACGAUGAGGAAUGGGAAGAGUUCUACGAGUCGACGAAUCAGCGUGAGCUGCGUCAAAUUUGGGAAGGCCACCGCCAAAUCGCUGAACAUUUACGCGAACUGUCACGCAAGGUGGACGAGAUUAUUGGGCGUCAGGAGAACACACUCUCUCUAGUCUCGCGGGGCCUGGCUGCCAAUGCAGGCCAAGCGUUGCCUCCCUCUGCAGCUGGACAAGCAGCUCUACCACAGCUGCCUGCUGGCGUCGGCGUCACACGGCAAGACGUGGACUUGCUGGUCGCUAAUCAGAACAUUUUACUUACUACCAUACGGGAGAUACGUCAACUUGCUGGCGAUAUCAAUGUGCGCACUGAUAAUAUACAAAUAAAUCAGAAGAAUGCGCCCACAGCGCAAAUUCAAUCCACAGGCUACGAUGUACAAGCAUUGAUAACCGAAAUGCGUGAUGGCAUGAAUCAAGUGAAGCAAGGCAUCUCCCACGUGGGCCAGAGAUUGGGCAUGCCACAGGCCUCGGCCCAGACAGCGUCUUGUCCUACCGGCAGCUGCGUGGGUGUUACGUUGUUCCUAAGCGUUACAGUUGUGCAAUUGCUGCUAGUAUUUAUCUACAAUAUAUUCAAAAACCGCAGCGAGGCGCAAGCGAAAAAGUUCUAUUAGGCCUUCGGCUCAACUAACCAAAACAACAUCUAAAACGAACACUCAGCACACACACACACCUGACUAGGCGGCAACUGAAUUUAGUUGGAAUGAAAUACUUAAGACUUCAGCGUAGUUUUCUCUACACAAUAUUAUAUAAUUGUUUGUUUUACGUAGACCUAAUUGAUUGAAUACCGCGCUAAGGUCCCAACAAAAAAAAAAAAAAAAUGAUAUGUGACUUAAUUUGAUAACACAAAAAACUGAACAAGUAAACUAGAACAAUGAAGAAGCCUCAUGACAAAAGCCACAAGACAAAUUUCAUGCACUUCUAGUACAGAAUCUAGUAGAGCUAACCAUAUCCAUAACUCUAUUUUUCCUCUUCCAUACAUUGUGUUUGUAACCUAUCUGUUUUUUCUUAGCCAAGUCUAAAGUUUCGGUCUACACUCAAUAACUGUGCAUAUCAGACGUGUGCAGCCGCAUUUCAAAGCAGAAAAAAAAAUAUGUAAGGAAAAAAAUAUAAAAUGUAAAACCUCUAUGAAAUAAUAAUACAUAAUGAAUUCCGUAAAUUUAGCCAAUAAA